GUGGUGGUGUGUGUGUGUGUGUGGGGGGGGAGACAGAAAAGAAACAAACAAGUAACAAUGUAACUUACAUGCAGUCACACACCCCUUUCUCUUGUAACAAUGUGUACGUUUUUAAGGAGGGAGGGGGCGCGCGGAGGGAGAAAGGGAGCCGGAGAGAGAUAGAGAAAGGAGGAGGGGGGUGCGUUCUGAAAUAAUAUAGUCAGCCAUUUUUUAUGUAAGGGGAUUUUUUCUUAUUGGGGGGGUUGUUAAAAAAUAAAUAUAAGAGGGCGGCCAUCUUUGUUGCUCUGCCUAGUGUAAAAUAUUUCAAAACGCCCCCCACUUUUUUCUGUGCCGAUUUGAAUAUUAAAUAAAUAUCACACAUUCGGGGCAAGAAUACGCUUUUUGGAACACAAGGACGGACCCGAUGACAGGAGUAUAAUGUCCUCUCCUCUCCGCUCCUGUGAGGAAGACGAGGGCAUGGUGGUUAAUUCCGAGGGAGGAGAUUUUGAUGAAGAAGACGACGACGGAGACCUAGACGAGAACGCAAGCGACAUAAACUCGCCGGCGGCGCCUCGGGAAACUGCAACACCGGCCGCGCCAGAAGAAGAGCCAGAGGUAUCAGACAGAGAGGUCCCGCUCAGGAAGAAAGGACGGCCGAAGAAAAAGAGGGACACAAAGAAGAAAGACAAAGAGGGGAAACCUGUCAAAGCAAAAAAACGCAAGAAGAUUGACAGUGAUGUAGACAGAGACUCAGACAGAGAAAGAGAUUUCGGCGAGAACUCAGACAGCGUAGCCAGCGACUAUGGAUCUGGAGAGAAAAAGAAGAAGAAGAAACAUAAAGAAAGGAAGGAGAAGAAAACCAAGAAGAAGAAAAAAGUCGAUGGGGACCGAGACAGCAGUCAGGAGGAAACAACAAAGCAGCCGAUAGAGCAGAAGACCUCAGCCCAGCUGGCAAAGGAGUGGGGUCUGGAGGAUGUUGAUCAUACCUUCACAGAGGAGGACUACAGGGAGCUCACCAACUACAAAGCCUUCAGCCAGUUCAUGAGGCCGAUGAUAGCCAAGAAGAAUCCCAAGAUCCCCAUGUCAAAGAUGAUGACCAUACUGGGGGCCAAGUGGAGGGAGUUCAGCUCCAAUAAUCCUUUCAAGGGCAAUGCCGCUGCCGUCGCAGCGGCUGCUGCGGCUGCCGCGAUUGCUGUUGCUGAGCAGGUCUCUGCAGCGAACGUCUCUCCUGAGCCUCCACCGCAGCCGCCACCAAUCAGGAAGGCAAAGACGAAAGAGGGCAAAGGCCCUGGCUACAAGAAGCGCAGUAAAAGCCCUCGAGUCCCAGAAAAGAAAAAGGCCCUGGCAAAGGCGAAAAAGAUGGCACCCAUUCGUAUCAAACUAUCGCCUAUAGGUGCCAAGAGGAAGAAGAGUUGCUCAAGCGAGGACAUGGACGAGGAUGAGUCCGAGCAGGAGGACUCCAGCGUGCACAGCUCCUCGGUUCGCUCUGACAGCUCCGGCCGUGUUAAGAAGAACAAGCGAGGACGGCCUGCCAAGAAGAAGAAGAAAAAUACAAUCCAAGGUGAAGAGGAGGGAGACGGCUACGAGACGGAUCAUCAGGACUACUGCGAGGUGUGUCAGCAGGGCGGAGAGAUCAUCCUGUGCGACACUUGUCCCCGAGCGUACCACCUCGUCUGCCUCGAGCCCGAGCUGGACAAGGCCCCCGAGGGCAAGUGGAGCUGCCCGCACUGCGAAAAAGAGGGAAUCCAGUGGGAAGCAAAGGACGAGGACUUUGAGGAUUUCGAGGAGGACAGCGAGGACAGGGUGAUAUCGGAGGUCAGAGUCGGGGUCCACACCGGGGCGGACGAGGAGGAUGACGACCACAUGGAGUUCUGUCGGGUGUGUAAAGACGGAGGCGAGCUGCUGUGCUGCGACACCUGCACCUCCUCCUACCACAUCCACUGUCUCAACCCGCCGCUGCCGGAGAUCCCCAAUGGAGAGUGGCUUUGUCCGCGCUGCACGUGUCCGCCAAUCAAAGGACGUGUCCAGAAGAUCCUCCACUGGCGAUGGGGUGAACCUCCGCCUCCCAUCCCUGUCCCCCCGGCUCCUGAUGCCCCGCCUGAUGCCCCACUGCCGCCUCCCAUGAAGGGCCGAGCCGAGAGGGAGUUCUUUGUCAAGCUGACUGGGCAGUCGUACUGGCACUGUACCUGGAUCACUGAGCUGCAGCUGGAGAUCUUUCACUCGGUGAUGUACAGAAACUACCAGAGGAAGACGGACAUGGACGAGCCUCCCAGCCUGGAUUACGGGUCGGGCGCAGAGGACGAGAACGGAGUGGGGAAGAGCGAGAAGAGGAGGGCCAAGGACCCCCAGUACGCCAUGCUGGAAGACAAGUACUACAGAUACGGCAUCAAGCCUGAGUGGAUGAUGAUCCACCGCAUCAUCAACCACAGUGUGGAUAAAAAGGGGAUGUACCACUACCUGGUGAAAUGGAGAGACCUGACCUACGACCAGUGUACCUGGGAGAGAGACGACAUGGACAUCCCUGAAUUCGCAAUUUACAAGGCAAACUACUGGAGACACAGAGGUUUAUCAGGAGACUCGAGAGUACCCGAAAGUACGGGAACCUACUGUAGAGAUGCAAUAAUGAAGGAGGAUCCAGACAAACCCAGGAGGAUAAGGAGCAAGAACCAGGAGGGUGAAGAGGAGUCUCCUGCUUCGCCGGUCACUGAUCCUACGAUAAAAUACGAGGAACAGCCCGACUUUGUAACAUCGACAGGUGGGACGCUGCACCUGUACCAGCUGGAGGGUCUGAACUGGCUCCGGUUUUCCUGGGCUCAGGGCACAGACACCAUCCUGGCAGACGAGAUGGGCCUCGGCAAGACCAUCCAGACCAUCGUCUUCCUCUACUCACUCUUCAAAGAGGGCCACACUAAGGGUCCGUUCCUGGUCAGUGCUCCGCUCUCCACCAUCAUCAACUGGGAGAGGGAGUUUGAGAUGUGGGCGCCCGACUUCUACGUGGUGACGUACACGGGAGACAAAGACAGCCGAGCCAUCAUCAGAGAGAACGAGUUCUCCUUCGACGACACGGCCGUCAAAGGAGGGAAGAAGGCCUUCAAACUGAGGAGAGAGGCUCCCAUCAAAUUCCACGUGCUGCUGACCUCCUACGAGUUGGUGACCAUCGACCAGACGGCGCUCAAGUCCAUCGACUGGGCCUGUCUGGUGGUGGACGAGGCCCACCGCCUCAAGAACAAUCAGUCCAAGUUCUUCAGGCGUCUGAACGACUAUAAGAUCGACCACAAGCUGCUGCUGACGGGAACUCCUCUCCAAAACAACCUGGAGGAGCUGUUUCACCUGCUCAACUUCCUCACACCCAACCGCUUCAAUAACCUUGAAGGCUUCCUGGAGGAGUUCGCCGACAUCUCCAAGGAGGAUCAGAUCAAGAAGCUCCAUGACCUGUUGGGGCCUCACAUGCUGCGGAGGCUGAAGGCAGACGUCUUCAAAAACAUGCCCGCCAAGACCGAGCUGAUUGUCAGGGUGGAGCUGAGCCCCAUGCAGAAAAAAUACUACAAGCUGAUUCUGACCAAGAACUUUGAGGCUCUGAACUCGAAAGGCGGAGGGAACCAGGUGUCCCUGCUCAACAUCAUGAUGGACCUGAAGAAGUGCUGCAACCAUCCCUACCUCUUCCCCGUCGCCUCCAUGGAAGCCCAAAAAACCCCCAACGGUGCUUACGAGGGGUCGGCCCUCACUAAGGCCUCUGGGAAACUGAUGCUGUUGCAGAAGAUGCUGAGGAAACUGAAAGAGCAGGGGCACCGAGUGCUGGUGUUCUCACAGAUGACUAAAAUGCUGGAUUUACUAGAAGAUUUCUUGGACCAUGAAGGUUACAAGUAUGAAAGAAUUGAUGGAGGCAUCACAGGAGCGCUGAGACAAGAGGCCAUCGACCGCUUCAAUGCCCCUGGUGCUUGUCAGUUCUGUUUCCUGCUCUCCACCAGAGCGGGAGGUUUGGGCAUCAACUUGGCCACGGCAGACACAGUCGUCAUCUUCGACUCUGACUGGAACCCUCACAAUGACAUACAGGCGUUCAGUCGAGCCCACCGAAUCGGACAGGCCAACAAGGUGAUGAUCUACCGGUUUGUGACGCGAGCCAGCGUGGAGGAGCGCAUCACCCAGGUGGCCAAGAGGAAGAUGAUGCUGACCCACCUGGUGGUCCGGCCAGGCCUGGGCUCCAAAGCUGGCUCCAUGACCAAACAGGAAUUGGACGACAUCCUCAAGUUUGGAACAGAGGAGCUGUUCAAGGAUGAAGUAGAAGGUAUGAAGAAUAGUUCAGGGGACAAAGUUGAGGACGAGGGCAGCGUGAUCCACUACGACAACGUUGCCAUUGAGAGGUUGCUGGACCGAAGCCAAGACGCCACAGACGACUCGGACGUCCAGAACAUGAACGAGUACCUCAGCUCCUUUAAAGUGGCCCAGUACAUGGUCCGAGAGGAGGAUAAGAUCGAGGAGAUUGAGCGGGAGAUCAUCAAACAGGAGGAGAACGUGGAUCCGGAUUACUGGGAGAAACUGUUGCGGCAUCAUUACGAGCAGCAACAAGAAGACCUGGCGAGCAAGCUGGGCAAAGGCAAGAGGAACCGCAAGCCUGUCAACUACAAUGACGCUGCACAGGAAGACCAAGAGUGGCAUGCUGACAUUUCAGAUAACCAGUCCGAGUAUUCAGUGGGCUCCGAGGAGGAGGACGAGGACUUUGACGACCGGCCAGAAGGUCGUAGACAGUCACGCCGCCAGUUGAGGAAUGAGAAGGAUAAACCUCUGCCUCCUCUUCUCGCCAGAGUGGGAGGCAACCUUGAGGUGCUGGGCUUCAACACACGCCAGCGAAAGGCUUUCCUGAACGCAGUGAUGCGCUGGGGGAUGCCGUCUCAGGACGCUUUCUCCUCUCAGUGGCUGGUCAGAGACCUCAGGGGCAAGACUGAGAAGGAGUUCAAAGCUUAUGUGUCUCUCUUUAUGCGUCACUUGUGCGAGCCAGUGGCUGACGGGGCAGAGACGUUUGCAGAUGGCGUGCCGAGAGAGGGCCUGUGUCGCCAGCCAGUCCUCACGCGGAUCGGCGUCAUGUCUCUCGUCAAGAAGAAGAUCCAGGAGUUUGAGCACAUCAACGGACGAUGGAGUCUUCCAGAGCUCAAGCCCGAGGUCAUCGUAGACAAGUCCUCCUCCAGGGCCUCCUCUCCCGCUGUUAAGACUGCCACGCCCACCCCCGAGGCCAGCUAUAAUAACACACCUUGCACCUCAAAGCCAGCGACCCCUGCUCCAGCAGACAAGCUGGAGAAGAACGGGAAGGAGGGAGAGAAGGAGGAGGACAAGGAGGAAGGCAGCGAGGCCCUGUCUGACAAAGAGAAAGUGAAGGAGAAAGACAAGGAUGAGGGGAAAGAGGUGGACAGCAACAAGGCUGCUGAAUCUGAAGAGCUUUCCUCUUCCACAAAAGACACAUCACAAAGUUCGUCCCCGAGUCAAAAGACUGAAGGCAAAGACGACGCUGACCUGAAAGAGGAGGAGAAGAAGGAAACGACAGACGCUCCAGCUGCCACAACAGAGGAGAAAAAAGUACAGGAGGAGAGUAAAGAGGAGACAAAACAAGAAAUGGAGGUCAAAGAGGAGAAAACAGGAGAGAAGCUGGUGGAGGAGAAGGAGAAAGACAAAGAAAAGCGGGAAGAGUCACAAACAGCAGCUGAGACGACAGAUGCAAAGGAGAAGACCGAGGUGUCUGACGUGAAGAAAGAGGAAGUCAAAGGUGAAAAGGAUGCUGGGAAAGAAGUCAGAUUGGUGAAGGAGGACCCACCCAAGGGUAACGGAAGGCCUCCCAUUGAGCGCCCUCGCUUUAUGUUCAACAUCGCAGAUGGCGGCUUCACCGAGCUGCACACUCUCUGGCAGAACGAGGAGCGCGCUGCCAUCUCCUCGGGGAAGAUGAACGAGAUCUGGCACCGUCGACACGACUUCUGGCUGCUGGCGGGAAUCGUGAUUCACGGCUACGCCCGGUGGCAGGACAUCCAGAACGACCCCCAGUUCGCCAUCGUCAAUGAGCCUUUCAAAUCGCAGGCGAAUAAAGGCAACUUCCUGGAGAUGAAGAACAAGUUCCUGGCUCGACGCUUUAAGCUGUUGGAGCAGGCGCUGGUGAUAGAGGAGCAACUGCGACGGGCAGCCUACCUGAACAUGACCCAGGACCCCAGCCACCCGGCCAUGGCGCUCAAUGCGCGCUUUACAGAGGUGGAGUGCCUCGCAGAGUCACACCAGCACCUCAGCAAGGAGUCGCUGGCAGGCAACAAGCCAGCCAACGCUGUCCUGCACAAAGUGUUGAACCAGCUGGAGGAGCUGCUGAGCGACAUGAAGGCCGACGUGACCCGGCUACCGGCCACGCUGGCCAGAGUCCCACCCAUCGCCGCCCGCCUACAGAUGUCCGAGAGGAGCAUCCUCAGCCGACUGGCCAGCAAGGGCACUGAGACGCACACACCCCCGCCCAUUCCUCCGGGACCCUACGCGACCCCUCACAACUACGGAGCCCCCUUCACCCCCGCACCCCCGAGCGCCCUACUCAUGGGAGGGGCCAACUACAGUCAGAUGCCGCCUGGAUCCUUCAUAUCAGUGCUGAACGGGCCUCCCAUGUCUGUAAAGAAGGAGCGGGAAGCAGAGCUGCUAGUCAACCGACGGGAGCAGCGCAGCGGAGAGGUCAUCUGUAUCGACGACUAGAUUACACACAUACACACCGAAACACACACACACACAUACACAUUCAAACCCAUCUGCUGCAAAGAUAUCCCCAGUCUCUCUCCAAGAAAAUGAACCACACAUCCAGUAUUAAAACGAAUUGACUGUCUUUUCGGGCGUACUUACUGACCCGCUAGUGAUUGUAGUUGCUUCAUUCACACACGAAAACUUUGCUGACUGGUACUCCCUGAAAAACUACAAUCACACACACAUGCAGUACAUGAACACACGCACAUGUGCACUUACUGUCCACGGACACACGCACACACACCUGCAGCACACACAGUCCAUAUUGUCUCAUAACUUCUUGUGACCUUUUCUUGUCUGCCUCAAACCAUGAUACUCCUCAUAAGCAGGCCUCUUCACACAGGCCUCCUCCUCCUCCUCCUCCUCUUGGGAUGCUUCUAACCUCAUCUACACACACAAGUAACACACACACACACACACACACACACACGUACACACACAACGCACCUCAAUUCUAGAAACCUUUAGAUCUCUCAAUAGACCAUGUAACUUUCCUCCUCCUCCUCCCCUUCGACAGGAAGCUGCAUGUGAAACUAAAAUAAUUUCUACCGCCGCACUCCAUCCCCUGAAGCAUGCUCUAAUCACAAUAAUGCUGUCUCGUGGAAAGGAAAAAAAAAUGGUGUCAAGCUGUGCCUACAGUUGUUUUAAUACUGUUUCUAAUUCUCCCAGGAGAAGCUGAACCUAUGGUUACUCAGUCCGAGCAGCUCCAAGCACAGCUCCAUCCUUUUUUUGUUGUUUUUUGCUUUUUUGUUUAAAGGUACAUACUCGGAUAGAAAUGCAGCAAGAUGAUAUGAUAUGAUAAUUAUGUUCAGGACUCGUUCGACCACAUUAAAGGGAUAGUUCAGUUUUGUGGGGUUGAAUGAGGUACUUAUCCAUAGUCAGUGUAUUACAUACAGUAGAUGUUAGUGGACACGCCCCCAGUUUGGAGAAGCAGGCUGAAGUCCGACACAGAAGCUAAGCAAUGUACUGCUGUGGUGGGGUCAGCAAUAAAAUGUAUUUUAACCACCUAAAAAAGUCCCACCUAAAACAAUAUCAGUUCAAGUGUAUAGUGUUUUGAGAGUAUUUUCACUGCUUCACCUUCCUGUCAGACAGCAGUUUACAACGGGGAACUGAAACUUUUACAUCGCUUUCUUGAGAGCCAGACUCCAUUGAGAAAAACAAUUUAACAUUGCUGAACACAGGAGCUGCUGGUCUACCACUGCCUUGAUCAGUUUUUUUGUUUGUGUGUUAUUGUGUGACUUACAAAGUCUCGAAAUAACGCAAACUAACUACCUGACUGAUUCAGUGAUAGGCCAACAGCUCCUGUGUUCAGCGAGCUAAAAUUACUGUUUUUCUCAACGGAGUCUGGUGGCUCUGACGAGAACAUAGAUAUGGACCUAAAGCUAUUAACGGCUUCCCCAUUGGAAAGGGCUGUCUGACAGCAAGGUAAAGCGGUGACAAUACUCUCAAUGUAGCGUACACUUUUUCUGGAAUAUAUAGCUGUAGCCAGAGGCAUUAUGUUUUCGGGUUGACGGUCUGUCCGUCCGUCCCACGAUAUCUCAAGAACGCCUUGAGGGAAUUUCUUCAAAUUACUUACAAAUGUCCACUUGGACUCUACGAUGAUGUAGAUUUACGAUAGAUUUUUGUGAUCAGAGGUUAAGGUCACUGUCUCAUUGUUGUGAAUGCAAUAUCUCAAGAACAUCUGUAGGGAAUACUUACACUCAUCAAUGAACUGAUGAGAUUUUGGGGGGUCAGAGGUCAAGGUCAAAGUGACCUUGCUUCCCUCUCAUUCUCGUGAAUGCAAUAUCUCAAGAACAACUUUCUUUAAAUUUGUCAGAAAAUGUCCACUUGGUGUCAGUGAUGAAGUGAUGAGAUUCUGGUGGUCAAAGGUCAAUGGUCACUGUGACCUUGCAUCGUCUCAUUCUUGUGAACACAAUAUCUUAAGAAUAUCUGGAGGAAAUUUCUUCAAAUUUGGCACAAACAGCCACUUUGAGUCAAGAAUGAACUGAAUUUAGUGGUCAAAGGUCAAGUUCACUGUGCCCUUGCGUACAUCUCAUUUCAUGAACAUUGAUAUCUCAAGAAUGCCUUGAGGGAAUUUUUCCAAAGUUGGCACAAAUAUUCGUUGGACUCAACGAUGAACUGAUUAGAUUGUGGUGGUUAAAGGUCAAGGUGACUGUGACCUUGCAUCUGUCAUAUUCUCAUGAAUGUAGUAUCUAAAGAGCACCUUCAGGGAAUUUCUUCAAAUUUGGCACACACGUUCACUUGGAGUCAAAUUGAAUUGAUUAGGAUUUAGUGGUCAAAGGUCAGAGUAACUGUGACCUUGUGUGCAUUGUAUUCUCGUGAACAUGGUAUCUCAGGAGCACCUUGAGGGAAUUUCUUCAAAUUUUGCACAAAUGUUUACUUGGACUACAGGAUGAACUGAUUAAAUUUUGGUGGUCACAGGUCAAGGUCACUGUGAUCUUGCAUCAGGAACAGAAGGGGAGACUCAGAUGCUCACUCAGUGCUCACCUUGACAUUGUCCUAAUGGUAUACUUCCUCCAUGCUGCCAAGGGGAGGAUGUGUGUAAAGCAUCCAUGUUUUUACAGACAUUGAUGUAAACUAUAAGUGCAACUUAGUUUGUGGAGGCGUACCACUGCAGAGCGGUAAUUCUAGUUUUUUUGGUGGGACCUUUUUAGGUGAUUAAAAUAUGUUUAACUGCUGAGCCCCAUCCACAGCAUUACAUUGCUCAGCUUCCGUUUCGGCACUUAUGCCAAUUCACCAAACAAGGGACGUGUUGACAGACUGCUGCUGUCAUUAAUACAGUGACUAUGGAUCAGUACCUCAUACAACCCUACUUCAAAAAAUCUUUUACUAUCCAUUUAAGUAUUUGUCGCCCCGCUUCCCUGGUUCUAGUUUAUGUAAAGAGCUUCGAGGUAUUUUGGGGGUUUGUUCCAGAAAAGGCGAAAACGACGAUGCUAUUUUUCAGAAGCCUCCUAUGAAUGUUUAUAACCUUUUCAUAAGCAAGUCAGUGUUAUUAAACCUAUCUGAUCACUCCUCUUGAUGCCCUUCCCCUCUCUCAAUCAACCUUUCCUCCUGUUUUAUUUUUCUCCAAGUUUCUAUUUCUUUCUACAAAAAUCCUGUGAUAUACUUUGCAUAUUUAAACAGCUCAUUCGUGUUCUCUUGUGUUUUUACUCUCGCGAUUAUGAGUAUUUGUCGUCGUCGAUGUUGUUCUCGCUGUCGCUAUUCGAGAAAGAGCUUCUACCAAAAGAGACAAUUUUUUUGUAACGAGAAAUGUUUGUCCUAUAAUUGCAAGAGAACGCAAACGAAGAAGUUGAGCUAACUUCAGAGGUAGAUAUAUUACAAGAAAAACUCAUUUUUCUUGCUUACGUUUUAGAUUUGGGGCUUGCAAAUGACAUAUACAUAUAUAGAAAAUAGGCCAUAUGUAACCCUAAAUGCUUCUAUGAGCAGAAAGAUAAUGUACACUAUCUAACCCCAGUAAAAUACACGGUUAUUAUCUGGAAAAUCGAAGGCUGGAAGUCCAUUUUAUAUACCGCAUCAUUAAAAAACGCCUUAAUAAACAUAGCUGAACAAAUGUAAAGUCAUCAAACUGAAUUAAGAACCUGAUGUCAACCUGUAAAUCCUGGA